AUGUCGUCAGCUCUGCUAGACGACAAGGCCGAAACGCUUCUGUCAAGGAUAACCAAAGUCCGCGAUACAACUCCAUUGCCAGCAGAACUUGCAUCUCUCGGUCUUCGAAUCCAAUACUUCUUUCUUGUCUGGGCUGUGAAAAUCACCAUCGCCGUCCAACUAGCCUAUCUGCGCUUCUUCUACCCGACUCCGGAAACACAACCAUCAUUCAUCAAGACAUAUGACUGCAGACCUAAACUUCCAGUUCGUGUUUUCGAACCAAAAUCUCGACUCGGAGGAACACAAGAUACCUUACCUCUUUAUAUCAACAUCCAUGGAGGAGCGUUCGCAACUUGUGAUGCGUCAAUCGACGAUUCAUUCUGCAAGUCCUGGUCCCAGCGUACUGGUAUGGUGGUGGUGAGCCUCAACUACAGGAAGUCGCCCGUACAUCGAUUUCCUGUUCCAGUUCUCGAUAUUGCAGCGGUAGCGCGUGCCAUCAUUGAUGACGAGACUCUGAACAUCGACAAGUCACGUGUGGUCAUUGGUGGGUUUAGCGCUGGUGGUAAACUGGCAUUGACAGCUUGUCAACUGCCUGAGCUAGAAGGACGAAUCAAAGCUGCAGUGUCGUACUUUCCAAUCGUCGACUGGAGCGCUCCGCCGCAUGCUAAAUGGUCCGAGCGUCUGUACACGGAGAAGCCAUCUGAAUCACUCAAUACCGCUGGCCCAGCACUAGAUUGGGCAUAUGUACCUGCGGGUCAAAAUCGAAAAGAGAAGCUGCUCAGUCCUUGCUAUGCCAGCAGAGAAGAACUUCCCAAAUGGGUGUGUUUGAUUGGAGCUCAGCACGACAUGCUUUGUCGUGAGUCGAGGGAUAUGAUCUACUCGCUUGCUGGCGAAGAUGUGCCCGAAUAUGGCUGGGAUGAGGGUUGGGAGCGUGGCACCUACAAAUGGGUUCUUGCAAUGGGCGUUAGACAUGGUUUUACGGACGACUUUCGCAAGAAACGAGGUCAUAGCUCCGAGCAACGAAAGCAGGUCUGCGAGGAGAUUUAUGCUUCGGUGCAUAAGUGGCUAGAAAACAAGGUCUUGGUGGGAAAUUGA